AUGAACACUGCAGCCAGCAGUUACCCCAUGGCCUCACUCUACGUGGGUGACCUGCACCCAGAUAUCACCGAGGCAAUGCUGUAUGAGAAGUUCAGCCCAGCUGGUCCUGUGCUCUCCAUUCGGGUCUGCAGGGAUAUGAUCACUCGCCGCUCCCUCGGGUAUGCCUACGUCAACUUCCAGCAGCCUGCAGAUGCUGAACGAGCUCUGGAUACCAUGAACUUUGACGUGAUCAAAGGAAAACCCAUUCGCAUCAUGUGGUCUCAGAGAGACCCUUCCUUGAGGAAAUCAGGGGUUGGGAAUGUCUUCAUUAAGAACCUGGACAAAUCCAUUGAUAACAAGGCACUUUAUGACACAUUCUCAGCGUUUGGCAACAUUUUGUCCUGCAAGGUGGUGUGUGAUGAGAAUGGCUCUAAGGGCUACGCUUUUGUGCACUUUGAGACCCAGGAUGCUGCAGAUAGAGCCAUCGAGAAGAUGAACGGCAUGCUGCUCAACGACCGCAAAGUAUUUGUUGGGAGGUUCAAGUCUCGUAAGGAGCGGGAGGCUGAGCUGGGAGCCAAGGCCAAGGAGUUCACCAAUGUCUAUAUUAAAAACUUUGGGGAUGACAUGGAUGAUGAGAGGCUAAAGGAGAUGUUUGGCAAAUAUGGUAAAACUUUAAGUGUUAAAGUCAUGACAGACCCCACUGGAAAGUCCAAAGGCUUUGGCUUUGUAAGCUUUGAAAAGCAUGAAGAGGCUAACAAGGCAGUAGAAGAAAUGAAUGGGAAGGAUAUCAAUGGGAAAAUGCUGUUUGUGGGCCGAGCACAGAAGAAGGCUGAGCGCCAGGCAGAGCUGAAACGGAGGUUUGAGCAGCUAAAACAGGAGAGACUCAGCAGAUACCAGGGUGUUAACCUAUACAUUAAGAACCUAGAUGACACUAUAGAUGAUGAAAAACUGAGGAAGGAGUUCUCACCUUUUGGGUCAAUAACAAGUGCCAAGGUGAUGCUGGAAGAUGGACGGAGCAAAGGGUUUGGCUUUGUCUGCUUUUCAUCUCCAGAGGAAGCUACAAAAGCUGUGACAGAGAUGAAUGGGAGGAUUGUGGGCUCAAAGCCACUGUAUGUGGCACUGGCACAGAGGAAAGAGGAGAGGAAGGCCCAUCUAACUAACCAGUACAUGCAGCGCAUCGCUGGGAUGAGAGCCUUGCCUGCCAACACCAUCAUCAACCAGUUCCAGCCUGCUGCUGGGGGAUACUUCAUGCCUGCUGUGCCCCAGGCUCAGAGCAGACCCACUUACUAUGCACCCAACCAAAUGACACAGAUGAGACCCAACCCACGCUGGCAGCAAGGAGGAAGACCUCAAGGAUUCCAGGGAAUGCCCAAUGCCAUGAGGCAGUCAGGACCUCGGCCAGCCCUGCGCCAUCUGGCCCCUGCCAAUGCUCCAGCCUCCCGUGGCCUCCCAGCUGCUGCCCAGAGAGUUGGUGUUGGCACAGCAGCACAGACCUUAGCUCCUCGUCCUCCUGUAGCUGCUCCUGCUCCCAGAGCUGUUCCUCCAUACAAAUAUGCCUCAAGUGUUCGCAGCCCACACCCAGGAGUGCAACCUCUGCAGGCACCUCAGCCUGCAGUACAUGUGCAGGGCCAGGAGCCACUAACAGCUUCCAUGCUGGCUGCUGCCCCUCCCCAGGAGCAGAAACAGAUGUUGGGAGAACGUUUGUUCCCUCUGAUCCAAGCUAUGCACCCCAGCCUUGCAGGGAAGAUCACAGGAAUGCUGCUAGAGAUUGACAACUCUGAGCUGCUGCACAUGUUGGAGUCUCCAGAGUCCCUCCGGUCCAAGGUGGAGGAGGCUGUGGCAGUGUUGCAGGCUCACCAAGCCAAGAAAGAAGCUGCCCAAAAAGUGGGUGUGGUUGCUGCUACCUCUUGAACCAGGAUGACUGGAUACAAAGAAGCCAAAUAGCCCCUUCCUAGACAUCAGCUCCAGAUGUUUGAAGAUCCUUCACUGUCCUGCACAUCUCAAUGCCAUGCAUCAUAUCACAUAGUUACAUUGCAUUUUGUAAAUUAAUCUUGAAGAUCUUAUUUAAAAAGCCAAGUCUGAAGCUUGAGGUUUCCAAAACCACAAUUAGGGGUUGGAAGCUUUUCCUUUGAGGUCAGAGCAGAGCUACCCCUUGUGUCUUCUAAAGAGGACGUUGAGGAUUUUAGGCUGGAAGUAUUUUUGUGGGUUUGUGUUUAAUUGAACAAUCCAGUUUGGAAAGUCUGGAAAACAUUUAUCAAUAAAGGAAUAAACUUGCA